CCGGUUACCCGGUCAAAUUCAUCCAACGGCGGCACGGCUCCGAUCCGGUCACCUCACCCCCUCCCCCGCGAUGCGUCGCCGGUUACCCCUCGCCCCCGCGCGCGCGUCGUCACGUGUGACGCGCGUGCCGAGCCGGCUCCUCCCCUCUCCUCUCUCGGCCGGCGCCGUGUUGUGUCCUUUUAUUCCAACCCCGAGACGACCCUCACCGCCCCACCAUUCACGCCACCACGAGCGAGACUCCGUCCGUCGUCUAGGGUUAGGGGGAGGGGGAAGGGGCGGGGGGGGAUUUUGUGUGCGAGAUCUGAAGAGAGGGGAUGGAGGUGAGGGAGAUGGCCGUGGCGGCGGCUGCUGCUGCUGCUGCGGCGGCGGCGUCGGGGGGAGGCGGGGGCAUGAGGAUGCCGCCGCCUAACCCUAACCUGCCGUACAGGGAGGAUUGCUGGAGCGAGGGCGAGACGGACGCGCUGGUGCGCGCGUGGGGGAGCCGCUACGUCGAGCUCAACCGCGGGAACCUUCGCCAGAAGCAGUGGCAGGAGGUGGCCGACGCCGUCAACUCCCGCCGCGGGGCGGCCGCGCGCCGCCGGCCCCCGCGCACCGACGUGCAGUGCAAGAACCGCGUCGACACCCUCAAGAAGAAGUACAAGGCGGAGCGCGCCCGCAACACGCCCUCCAGCUGGUCCUUCUUCGACGAGCUCGACCGCCUCGUCGGACCUACCCUCUCCGCCUCCGUCUCCAAGAGACCCUCGCCGUUGCCUGCCGCUCACUUUGCCCUGCCCAUACAUCCGUCUGCCGUGAGGAAGCCCCCCUCGCCCUCGUCAUCUCCAUCUCCGCCGCCUCCUAUGGCCCUGCCGCUGCCCAGCUACCGUCGUGGGUCUCCGCUCCCGGCCGCUGCUCUCAUCCAGCAGGAGGCCGCGGCUGCAGCUGCUGCGGUGUCUGAUUCGGAGGACUCUGAAGGCCCUGCUGGUAACAACAAUAACAACGCACAGCAGUCGCCGUCUCAAUCUGUGUCAUCGCGCUCCGGCAAUAGCAACAAGCGCAGAAGCCGGGAAGCUGUGGCAGGCGAUGAUGGCGGGUUCAGGGAGCUGGCAAGGGCGAUCGAGGCCUUUGCGGAGAUGUAUGAGCGUGUCGAGAGUGCAAAACAAAAGCAGGAACUGGAGAUAGAGCGGCAGAGAAUCGACUUCCUGAAGCAAUUGGAGGUCAAGCGUAUGGAGAACUUUGUGGAUGCACAUGUGAAGCUUGCCAGGGCAAAGCGCCACAAGAAGCAUGCCGGGACUGCACCCGAUGGUGUUGGUGCUGUGGAAAUGGUUUCAUCUGUCGCUGCGCUGCCUUUCCUCUCCACCUCCACCUACCUAUGAUGUGUUGAGGAAAUGUCAAGAUUAUCAGUGCGAAGUUCGUUAGAUGGCCUUGCUGACCAUGGGAAGACUGGUUUGGCACUUGGCAGCGAUUCAUUGUAGUUCGUAGCAUGGCAGUAUAUGGAAAUUGAAGACUAGAAGUUCCUAGUGUAAAGCAAUGUUGACAUUGGUGCCUGUGGGCUGUUACUCUAUUUACCUAUUGUUUGAUUGACAUUGUAGGCAUGCAACUCUGACAUUCUGUUUUAUUUUUCUUAAGAAAAUGUGUAUUGAUGGAA